AUGGAGCGCUUAGGCGUCGUCUUCUUCUUCGUCGCCUCGUGGCUGCUGGCCGGCGUGGUGGUUGCGCACCACGACCACGGCGUGCACAAGAACUACCUCAUCCUCGUGCGGCGGCCGUACGAGUACGACCGGCGCGUGUACAAGGACGUGUCGAGCUGGCACGCGUCGCUGCUGGCGUCGGUGUGCGAUCAGGCCAAGGAGGAGCUGGAAGCGGACCCGGCGAACGCGCCGCGGCUCAUCUACUCGUACCGCAACGUCGUCAAUGGCUUCUCGGCGCGCCUCACCACGGACGAGCUCGGCAAGAUGGCGCAGGCGGACUGGUUCGUGAAGGCGGUCCCCGAGAAGACGUACCAGCUCAUGACCACGCACACGCCACGGAUGCUCGGGCUCACCGGCCCGACGAUCUUCCACAGCGGCGUGUGGAACAGGAGCAACAUGGGCGAGGGGAUCAUCAUCGGCGUCCUCGACGGCGGCAUCACCCCCGGGCACCCGUCGUUCGACGGCACGGGCAUGCCGCCGCCGCCGGCCAAGUGGAAGGGGCGGUGCGACUUCAACAGCUCGGCGUGCAACAACAAGCUCAUCGGCGCGCGGUCCUUCUUCGAGUCGGCGAGGUGGAAUUGGAAAGGGGGCGACGACCCGGUGCUUCCCAUCGACGAGAGCGAACACGGGACGCACACGUCGAGCACUGCGGCCGGCGCGUUCGUGCCGGGAGCCAACGCAAUGGGCAGUGGCGUGGGCACGGCGGCCGGCAUGGCGCCCCGCGCGCACCUGGCGUUUUACCAGGUGUGCUUCGUGGGCAAGGGCUGCGACCGCGACGACAUACUCGCGGCGAUCGACGACGCCAUGGAGGACGGCGUCGACCUGCUCUCGAUAUCCAUCGGCGACGACAAUGCCGGAGACUUCGCCGCCGACCCCAUUGCGCUCGGGGGAUACAGCGCCAUCAUGAGAGGCAUCUUUGUGUGCACGGCUGCUGGGAACAGCGGCCCGGACGUAGCGACGGUUGCCAACGAGGCGCCGUGGCUGCUCACCGUGGGCGCGGCCACAACCGACCGGAGGGCCGUUGCCGAUGUUAAGCUUGGCAAUGGACUCGAGAUCAGAGGUGAAUCAUACUACCAGCCGAGCACCUACGUGAGCAAGCUGCGGCCGUUGGCGAGGGACACCGCCGCCGACGGCACGUGUUCGGACAAGAGCGUCCUAACGUCCGAGCAAGUCAGCGGAAAGAUUGUGCUUUGCUACACCGGCGGCAACCUGACCAACCUCCAGAAGGGGAGCAUCCUGCACGACGCCGGCGCUGCCGCCGUGAUCAUCGUUUCACAGGACUGGGCUGGGUCCGUGAUCUCACCCAAGGCGCAUGCCCUCCCAGCAGCGCAAAUCGAAUACAAGUCAGCGGAGAAGAUCCAGGCGUACAUGAAUUCCUCCAAGAACCCGACGGCUCGACUGGUCUUCAGGGGGACGGUGUUAGGCAACCGCGUGUCGCCGAUCGCGGCGCCAUUCUCGUCGCGGGGACCCAGCAAGCAGAACCCGGGGAUUCUCAAGCCUGACAUCACCGGCCCUGGAGUGAACAUAAUCGCCGCCGUGCCCAAGCCCGAGGGACUCGCCCAGCCGCCCAACGAACUGGCGUACAAGUUCGACAUCAUGUCCGGCACGUCCAUGGCCGCGCCGCACAUCAGCGGGAUUGCCGCGCUGAUCAAGAAAGCGCACCCGACGUGGUCGCCGGCGGCCAUCAAGUCGGCCAUGAUGACGACGACCGACAUAAGGGAUCGGCGCCGGAUGCCGAUACUGGACUAUGACGGCCAUCAUGCCAACAUGUUUGCGCUGGGCGCCGGUUUCAUCAACCCCACGAGGGCCAUGAACCCGGGACUGGUGUACAACCUCAGCGCCCAUGACUACAUCCCCUACCUGUGCAGGCUCGGGUACAGCGACCACGAGAUGAACUCCAUCAUCCACCCGGCGCCACCAAUGUUGUGCGCGCAGCAACCGGUGGUCGAACAGAAGGACCUCAACUACCCGUCCAUCACCGUCGUCCUCGACGAGGAGCCCUACGCCGUGAACGUCAGCCGCGCGGUGACGAACGUCGGGAACGGCAAGGCGGUGUACACGGCGUCGACCGACGAGGUUCCGCCGACGCUGUCGGUGACGGUGACGCCGAGCAGGCUCAGGUUCAGCGCGCUGAACGAGGUGCAGACCUUCACGGUGACCAUCAGCAGCAAGAACGUGCGGCUGAAGAAACGCAUCACGGAAGGGCAGCUCAAGUGGGUCUCGGGGAAGCACGUCGUGCGUAGCCCUAUAGUCGUGUCCUCCAAGAAGUUCUUCCAGAACCAGAAGAACACGACGAGUACGGAUCAGCACACGGCGGGCUGA